ACAGCAACCCCGGAAGUACAUCCAUUCACGUGUAGCAUUUGCCAACCUUGAGGAACGCACUAGCCAGCAUGCAACCCAUUUUGUUCACGCCAUACAAAAGAAUAUUAUUCCAUGUCUACCAGCACGGGAACCCACAACUGAGGAUCUUCAGACCCGACUGGUUUCUUACUCUCGUGAAGCCGGGAGUAGAGCAGCCUCCUGACACUGUCCAGUUUCGUGUCUCAAUGGUAAUGACCAAAUAUGACAUAAAGAACUACUUGGAGAAAAUCUAUAAUGUUCCUGUUGCAGAUGUCCGCACCAGGAUACAGUAUGGGCGCAGCAAAAAGAGAAACCAUAUGAACCAGAAGUCUAAGGUCCCAGACUAUAAAGUGGCCUAUGUUCAGUUGGGAAAGGGCCAGACUUUCACCUUCCCUGACAUCUUCCCCAAAAAAGACCAGACACCAGUGCCGGGCUCCGCAGAAGACCUUCACAAAAAGUUCAUGGAGAGUGAAAAACAGAGGCUGAAACCCGACCCUAGGAAAGGAGGGGUCACCGAUUGGUUUGGACUCUAAAGUGUCAUCAAAGCUGGGAAGUCAGACCUCAUAUAUGUGCCUGGGUGUUGCACUGGGAACAACAUGUAUUGAUUUGAAAUGCAACUCUUGUGAUGUCACUCCUUUAAGACACACAAGUGUGUAGAGAAGAAGAGUGUGUGGGAGGCUGCAGACGUGUUUAACGUGUUUGCAAGGCUUCAGUCCAGUAAACAGACACAGAAAAGAAUUGGUAAAGGAGGAGAGUGGCCAGGCUCCAUCUUUAAUGAAAUCAGCGUACCACACACAUCUCCAUCACCUCAAAUGACCUAUACUUCUUCCUCAUCAGUCUUCUCUGCCAUCUCUUUUUCAGUUCACUCCUCCUAUUUUUCUCUCCCCCAUCCCCCCAUUUUUUGGAUGUUUCCCAUGUGUCUAUAUCAUCUGUUUUCCCUCCAUCUUUUCAUUUCUCUGGUUGGACACCUUAUAUGUAUGGAGUACCAAAAAUCCCGACUCCCAGCUAGUUGGACUUAACUACCUGUACUGCCCACAUCAUUUCCUCUUUUAUGAGUUUGCCUUGGAUUAAUUGACCACUUUGUGUAAACAACAAUUGAGAUGUUGUUUCAGCAAGAACAUGGAAUUURCUGUGGUGUAAUAGUAUAUCAGUGUAUUUUGUGGUAGCUUGCAAUGCCAUAACUAUGGUAGGAGUCUUUACCCGAUGUUUGUGUCUGUACUACUGCCCAGCAUGUAAGACUUUCCAGUAAAUUGGUGUUAUAGUGAAAGCUGUUUUAAUAAGAACUAAUAAAUGGUCAGUUUUCCAAAAGUA